AAACGAUUCUGGCGAGCGGCGCUGCUCGACCGCGGCCGGCUGAAAAUACACAUCACGGCGGCGGUGAGUCAGUCUCAGUCUGUUUGUGCGAGUUCGAGUGUUCACUUUGUGGUGUAGCUUCUUCGCUUGGCGAAAUAGAAUUCCGGCAAAAUGAUGAUGUACCAACCGGAACAGGAACGCGUAAUGGAGGAAGGAGAGUCCUUGCUGACGACGUUGCUGAGACCGUUCGCCAAUCUGUUCCAGUCGUCCGCAACGCAGGAUACCACGUCAGAAUGGGAGCGCACUAUGCAACGCCACCAGACCUAUCAGAGGCAGCAGGAGCGGCACUGGGAACCUGAGCCGAUCCCUGUGAUGCAAACUGUGCAGACGUACUCAACGCAACAACGGGUCACGAUGGCGCAGGAAACCGUUACGAAGCAACGAAAUGCCGAGCAAAUAUCGACCCUGAAAACGACAACCAGCCCAUGGCAGUUUGCCGAAAUGAUUCGGAAAGGAGCCCAGAUGGAUCUGACCUGUGUGGAAGCGGUGCCGGAAGCGUUGAAGAAGCUGAACAUCAACAUCCCGAACCUGGCGAUCAACGUGUCCGACGAGUCUAGCAACACGUACAGAUGUGGUUCGCGGACGGACCUCAGCACGGUUAUUGAACUGGACCUCAUUAACAAUCACUUCCAACUCCGUGGAGGGCCGAAACAGGGACAAAGUUCGAACAUAAGGGCCGGAGACAAUGAUUGCCUCUUCGAGUCGCUGGCCCAGGCCAUUCCGCAGCUUCUGGGUGUGUCCGGAGAGGAAUUUCGCGAAAAGCUGGCUGAAUGCAUCGAAUCUAACCCGGAUAUCCGACGACAUAUCCAACUCGGUAAGCACCAAGAUCUUCUGCAGCGUGGUCUGUUCGGGGGCGAUAAUCGAGGUCGAUCAGUUGAUCGAGAUGAAGGCCGCAAGCGUCGUAGAAGGUCGAAGUCUCCUUUCGUUCACGAUGACCCCGAAAAGGAGACUUCUGCUCUGGAACAUUUGUUGACUCGCUUCUUCGCGAUAUUUGAUAUGGCUGGAGCUGUUCAGAGAACAGCGGAGCAUCUAGGGAUUCCUCGAAGCCAGGUUGUACGCGAAGGCGGCAGCGAGCACCAAGAUAGAAGCAGUUCCGAUGCGAGAUGCCACGCUGCCCACGUCAUGAGAAUCCAAAUAACCGACAGAGCAAAUGCACAACUUACAGGGUCAAAUGCUGCUCUGAACGAGCAUUUGAUAACACAGAUCGGGUACACCGAACUCGUAGAGAAAUGGGCCAAUAUGUGGGGCGGAAUAGGGCAGAACAUUGAUGAGUUGCAAGCUCUGCUAUUGAAACUUCUAGAGGUGGUAGAUUUCAGUCAAGGUCCGCCUCGAAUGAUGAGCAACUACUCUUUGGAGUACUUACAGAACACGGUUGCAUCGCUCAAUAAACUACUACUAAGAAUAGAUCCAAACGCUACACCUGUCACACUACCAGAUCAAGGUUUUUGGGCCAGUUUGUUCACUAAUAACGAAAUCACAGCAGAUACAAUUAUUGAAAUCUGUAAAGAAAGCUUUGUCAUUGUACUAAAUAAAUGGCUUAAUGCCAAACACAAGCACUUCAUGAACACCGAUUCCAACAAAAAAGUACUAAAGCAGAUGCUAACAGUCGUAAAGAACAGCAACACUUCCAAUUUACUGCAGCUGGGAAGAGAUGCAUACAAAAAGAUCGCGCAACUGCUUUCGGCAAAGCCGAAAUGUGGUUCAGACAAAACCGACAAAGAUAAUGAUAAGGACAACGACAAAGGCGGAGUUUCCUCAAAUGGCAACAAGACUAGCGGUGUUACCAUUUGGGGUUCAGUAAAAGAAACAGUGAAAACAGAGGCAGCCAGCUGCAAUGUUGAACCAUCAUCUUUCCUUACAACUGCGUUAUGGAUUUUGCUGGGAAUCGCCAUAACGGUCGCUAUUGGAUUUGCAAUAUAUAUGGCGGCUCCCGUUAUCAUAAAGUUUGUGUCAAAACCCGCCGUGGUCUACAGCUUUACCAAAAUCAUUGAGGUUACAACAGUGGUUGCGGGAUAAUCGUAAUGUUUUUUUUUUUUAUAUUUUAAAGUCAUAACAAUCCAUUUCAUUUUUAUCGGCUUUUGACGCUUUAAACUUGUUUAUCUUUAUAUAGGCCUUUUCAGUUGAUAGGUCCGUGUAUGCCACUCUUUUCAACUGCCGAACAAAGGCGCAAACGCUGAACUGUCAUUUUCAUAGGAGAACUAUCAAAGGCCCCCAAAAUCAUCUGAUUUUAAACGUUUUCUGAUUAGGCCUAUAAACGGCCAGAAUAGUUAUAGCAACGCUCAAAGCCCAAUGAUGACAAUUUAACUACAGUAGACGUCCGAUAGCUGCAACAUGCGCAGUGCUGAAAAAUUCAUUUCGUCAUUUCUAAAUUCAACCACCUACAGCUCGUUUUAGAAGCUGAACCUGAGAAUAUGGUAUAUAAAAAACUUGUGCAGCUAGACCAGUUCUGCAAGAAAGUCACGGAAAAACAGCUAUGUUUCAAAUAUUUGAUGUAAAUGUCACGGACUACCUAUGAAAAAUGCCAAAUGAUAUUCACCGUGAAUAUCAUUGGGAUUUUUCGAAGGUAGUCCGUGACAUUUACCUUAAAUAUUCGAAAAGUAGUGAUUUUUCCGUGACUUUCUUGCAGAACUGGUCUAGCCGCACAAGUUUUUCAUAUACCAUAUUCUCAGGUUCGGCUUCUAAAAUGAGCUGUAGGUGAUUAAAUUUAGAUAUGACGAAAUGAUUUUUUCAACACUGAACAUGCGUACGUUUCACUUAGCGAACACAAUUCGAUAACUGCAACGUCAGGCAGACGUCAACAACCCAUCAAUUGACGUUAAACGAACGUAAAACUCAUUCGCCUGUUCAUUCGGGCUAACUUGGCGCACCGUUUUGACGGAUAACGGUGCGAUAAUAGCAAAUGUGUUGCACUUACCGGAUUUGCUGUUAAACCGUUUGCACCGACCGGACGUCUACUGUAAAUUUUUAAUCAAUAUUUUUGCUUCUUUCUUCUAUUCGUCGCACUAAUCAUGUUAGGUAUUGUGGAUUUACCGGCCACUUGUAUUUUACCUGUCACUUCAGUAGGGCCUCCAAAUUAGCCGAUUUAUAAAACGAGCCACUUAAAAAUAAGCUUUCACAUUUUUAGUAAAUGCGCGAUUCAUCGUUGACACCAGCUACUUAUUGGCAGUCAUUUUUUGACAUUAACUUUAACUUUAAUAUGGAAACGGCUACUUUCGAACGCCUACUUAAGCGACCGGUAGAAUACAAGUAGCCAAUAAAUACACACAAACGUGUUAAACAAAAGAAAAGAAAAUCAGAGAGAGUAGGUCAUUCGGCAUUGAUUAUGACAACUGGGUCACUAAACCAGAGAGCAAUAUCGUGAGAUGCUUUACGAAUAAGAAACUGUCAUUUUACUGUGCAAUAUUCAAUUCAGUACUAUUUUUAUGCAUGAUACAUUUAAGCAAAAAUAUUUGACAAAACAUAA